UGGCUGAGGCGGCAUCGCCAGUAAGUCAGUAACGAGACAGCUCGAGCACCUUGCGACUUGCGAGUUCCGACUCCCGCAUCGCUCGAUCCUCUCCCUCCGUCCGCCGCACCGUCGCCGAGCGCCGCCCCGCGCCGGAGACUUCCUGCCUUCUUGCCGCCGACGAGCGCCGCCCCGCUGUUCCUUCCGCGGUUCCGCCCCAGCCUCUGCAUCCGAAUACGAAGCUGUCACGGCGAUGGCGGCGGCCGGCGGCGUUUCAACUGACGAUGUCCCGAUCCUGCAGGCAGAGAACCUCACCAGCAACGUCAAGUCCGUCUACUACAGUCGAACAUUCUUGUCGAUCAUUGGUGGAGUUGUUGCUGGAAUCUGGGGAUUCACAGGCUUGACGGGAUUUGUCUUCUACUUUCUGAUAAUGAUGAUUGCAUCUAUUGGGCUCUUAGCGAAGUCAAAGUUCUCAGUCCAGAAAUACUUCGAUAGUUGGACCAGGAUUUCAAUUGAAGGAGUUUUUGGUGGUCUUAUGUCAUUUGUGCUGUUCUGGACAUUUGCUUAUGACAUUGUUCACAUCUUCUGAUGGACAUAGAAAGAUCUACUCUCCAAAGAAAAUGCGGAAUUUCAUAUGACGUUUUGAACAUUCCCAAUGGACUCUUGUACACUCAAUUUUUGUAUUGGUAAUUGAUAUAAUCUUUAGUGAGACUAUCAAUGUAGACCUAAGCAAAGCUCAUGAACUGAUGUAGCAGUUCCUUUCCUUGGAUGAUCUAUAGCUGUUGGCGAUUUGUCAUUUCCAGUAAUGAAUAUAAACUUUGAUUGAUGGACACUCAUAUUUUCCUGGCACAAUCAGAUGAAAUGAAUUCAUCUCCUGUUUUA